ACGUGAGCGGUGAGCAAUGUUGGUGUGAAGCGUGUGAAUGAAGUGGUUUUCCCAUUCUACUGUGAAGAUAGCAGGCGAAACCGUGCCGAAAUACGGCUUUAAGGUGAAUUUGUGGUGAAGAAGGAAUUAAAAAGUUGUGCUAGUGUUUAGGCUUCAACUAUCGCCGCCCGCCCCCAAAAAAAUAAAAUAAAAACGUACCAAGGGCACGGUAAUACGAGACGAAAACCCUUCAUCUUCACUCCGGCGGAACAGGAAAGCUGUUUUGACAGGUUUUGUUUUUGAAUAAGCGUCACCAUAGAACAACUCAUCUGCAAGCCCAAGCCGGUUCACGGAUCAAAACAAUCGUUCGCCUUGAAGCUGUUUUAACGUCAAAGUGCUUUGUGUCCGGAUGUGUGUUGAGUGUAUGCGUGUUGAUCGAUGAGCAGGAGCAGUGCGAGAGGUUCGUCCUCAGGGCAGUGAAAGAUGCGCGAUGCGAGAAAAGCGAGUGGCUAAAAGUGGCGCAUAAAGUGAUCGGUGUAAUCCUUGCCUAGAGGCGCAUAAAUUCAAGCCUUGUUUUGAGAGUUAAAUAUGUUACCGAUAAUGUGUGUCGUCGCACGGAGAGGGAUGCCGUCCUGCUCGACGGUUGCAUGUGCGGCGGUGGUGAUGCUGGUGAGCGUUCUGUCGCUCGUGGCGGGUGCCCACUGGGACCAUGCAAUUUUCCUGGACGACGACUAUCGGCUGCUGUGGAGCAUCACCGGCCAGGACAUCACGUUCGAGGUGCAGGUCCGUACCCACGGUUACGUCGGUUUGGGGUUUUCAAAGGACGGUACCAUCUACGGUGCGGACAUGGUCAUCGGCUGGGUCGACCAGGGCCAGGUACACUUUCAGGAUCGACACGUGAAGAAGCAUGGCAAUGGUGAACCGUUGGUCGACUCCUCGCAGGAUUACGUGCUGCUGCUGGGCUACGAGAACCAAACGCACACCGUGCUGCGUUUCAAGCGCAAACUGGACACGUGUGACGUGGCGUACGACGUACCAAUCACGAACGAUACGAUGCGCGUGAUCUAUAUGUACCACAACAAGGAACCACACACGGCCGGCAGCCUUCCCGAUCCGGUCGAAGCGUUCAAGCAGGCCCGCUCGCUCUUCCUAACCCAGCGGAUCAACCAGGCACCGCUCAAACCGGAUCCACGGCUCCGGACGAUGGAGUUGCUCAAUCAGGACGUAAACUUGCCGCAGGGUGACGGUACCCUGCACUGGUGCAAGAUGUUCAAGCUGAACGAUAUCAAUCGCAAACAUCAUCUGAUUAGGUACGAGCCGGUGUUUGAUUCCGGUACGAGUGCCUCCUACGUCUAUCACAUGAUACUGCACGAGUGUCAAGGCUCGUCGCCGGAGCUGGAAAUUAUGUCACGUGAAAAUGGUUGCCCGUGCUAUCGGGCGGACAAAUCGAUUCUGACCUGCAACUCGAUAGUGGCGGCAUGGACGCGCGGUUCGGAGGGCUUUUCAUUCCCCAGCCAAGUCGGCUAUCCGCUCGAGUCGAAUCAGGCGCGAUUCUAUCUAAUGGAGACACACUACAGCCUGUCCGCCAAUGAGUACACCUGGCCACCGAAACCGAAGGCAAUGGUGGACAACUCGGGUCUUCGGCUGUUUUACACCAGCACGCUCCGAGGACAGGACGCGGGCGUCCUUUCGGUCGGUAUGGAUCCGAACUGGAGACAUAUCAUCCCACCCGGGCAGGAACACGUCGUCUCCGAGGGUCACUGUGUGGGUGAGUGCACACAGCGGGCAUUCGCCCGGGACGGUGUCCACAUCUUCGCCGUCAUGAUGCGGACGCACCAAAUAGGGCGUCAGAUCAAGCUGCGCCAAAUCCGCCACCGCGAGGAGCUACUCCCGAUCGCGCAUGAUCGCAACACCGACUGGAACUAUCAGGAGUACCGGCGAUUAUCGACACCGGUGCGAGUCCUACCGGGCGAUCGUCUGAUAGCGGAAUGCAUCUACGACAGUUCGGCACGGGCCGCUAUCACACUCGGUGGGUUGACAACACGGGAAGAAACCUGCCUGGUGUUGGCACUGUACUACCCCCGCCAGAAAGAACUCACCACGUGUCACUCGCUGCCGAGUUUACCCACCGUUAUAAACUCGCUCGGCAUCAAUGAGCUAGUGCCAGGAUCCAACCCGGUGCGGAUCGCAUCACCACCCGAGCUGUCUGGGAUGACCCUCGAGACGCGCUUGAUUUCGUACGACUGGCGAAACAAUUUCCGCAGCUUCCAGUACGUCACCAGACGAGGAUCCUUUAAGCCGUUGUGCUGGAGCGCCAAGAAUCAGCCAAUGCCGGGGACGGAAAAUCUGGAAGGGUUCGCACCGAACAUCACCAAAUCGUACAAGCUGAUACGAUCGUGCAGCUUCGUUGGAAGUACGAACGUCGCCAACGUGUUCUUCCAGAACCGGAACCGCUACGUGACGGAGUCGGAGACAAGCGUCGACCUCACCGGGGUCGAUGAUGGUGACGAUGACGAUAUCGAUAGCAACAACGUGAUAGAGGGUGCCGCCCGGAGUAAAGUGUCCCGCAGCUCCGUCACGGAGUCGAUGGGUUUGAGCGGUGGGCCAGCCACGUUCCGUCCAUUGGCCAUCGCAACGAAAAUGAUUGCAUCGCUGCUCUUCAUCAUCGUCGUGCUCAACUCGUUCCGGAUAGCGACGGUGUAGAGCGGGAACGGUGCCCCACCGCGGGAGAGAAGUUGCGACAACUUGCCGCUGUGUUAGAUGCAUCAAAUCACCAAAGAGUCCUAGAUUCGACGACGCCGUGCGUUCGAUGAACGAUUGCGAGCAUUGUGUAAAUACAGCAUCCCGGGUAUGUAAGUGAGUGUGAUUGUCCAGGGGAGGGAAAAAGGAAGGGAUGAUGGAUGGAAGAAUGAUCGUUUUUCGGGUUUUGUGCCGGAAAACUGUACCGCUAAGCAAUGAUUACCGGGGUUACCUUGUAUUCCACCAGGUGGAAAGAUUGUCUGUUUACUUUGUCUUUAUUUAACUGCAAAACUCAAGUAGUUUAUAAAUGUUGUAAAAAGUGUUGGAAGAAGAGCAAAAGGUGAGAAAAAGUGGAUAAAAGUCACAGACCGUGUGCGCAACGUGCGUAGUGCAUCGAACCUUAUAUUGAGAAGAAAAACGCACAACAAUGCCGAGACAGAGGAUAUAAAGUAGAGGAAAAAAAAUCCGUGUCAAAAACAUAAAUCGAUACACAUAGAAAAUGAGGCAAAAACAAAUAAGCUAAACAAGCAGCGAUAACUUUUUCCCCUUUUUUCACUGUACAUAGCCUAGCCAACAGUUUUGGCAUCUGUUUUUUUUUUUGUAAAUAGCGCCUUUUUGUAAAAAAAAGAAGAAGAAAUCAAGAAAAGUUGUAGAUGAACGUGAAAAAUAAGGCAUAAAUGCAACGAGAGGAGAAAACAUUAAAAAAAACUAAGUAGGAAGCAAAAAGUGAAAAAACAAAAAGAUAAAAAAAAACCAAUAGAAAAACAAAAAACAACUAAAAAUGUUCUUGUACACUCGGUAGCAAAUGGUGCAACAUUAUAGAUGUCAACGUGGUAGUGUAAUUUAGAAAAAACAAGAAAAAGCGAACAACCGUCAUGCCAGUAAGCAAAAAAACGAAGGUGAAAACAAAAACACACUAAAACAACUGUGAAUAAUAAUAGCAUCGGUGUCUCUGUGAGUGCUGGGUAAGGUUGGAAAAAUCAUACAACAAAAAAAAAAUCAACCCCAAAAUAGUGCGAAUUAAAUA